AUAACAAAUGAUCAGCUCUCUCCUUCUCUCUGAUUUCUCACCAGAAACCUCCUCACAAGAUGAGCAACACACCUGUCCAGGAGCCACCUGCCCACGAACUGUCCUCUGGCAGUGGGCAAACUUUACCUUCCCGUCCCUUACAGCCAGUGUCUGAUCCGUCAGCUUCUAAAAGAGUAUGUUUCUACAAAAGCGGUGACUAUACAUUCAGUGGGCAUCGCAUGGUCAUCAAUGCCCGCACCUUCAAGACAUUUGAUGCUCUACUGGAUGCUCUGUCCAAGAAAGUGCCUCUGCCAUUUGGAGUGAGGACCAUCACCACACCUCGUGGGACCCACCUGGUUAGAGCUUUGGAUGACUUACAUGAUGGAGGGUCAUAUGUGUGUUCUGAUCAGAAACGGGUGAAGCCGUUAAACCUGGAUGAAGUGAACCGACGACAGGUACCGUGGAAUACCACCAGGCCCUUCAGCGCAGGGCGACGAAAGCGUCAAGGAUUCCAGUUUGGCAGAAGGAAUGAAGUCACCAACAGGCCAGCAAAAGUCACUGAGAGGGUGGCAGUACGGACACCAAAGAAACUUCUGGUGAUCAAGAAUAGGGAUCCCACUGUUAAACGCACAAUUGUGUUGCACAGAAGAACAGCACCAACAUUUGAUGCUUUACUGGAUUACCUUUCCCAGAUCCUGCAGUUCCCAGUACUGAAACUUUUCUCAACAGAUGGCAGAAGAGUUGAUGGUCUUGCAGCACUUAUUCUGUGCUCUGGAGUUGUUGUGGCGGCAGGAAACGAGCCAUUCAGAUUAGGAAACUAUGGUUUUCACGGAACUGAGAUGGCUCAAGCAAUGUACAUGGACACUGUGGAACCAUCUAUGUUGCAGCCCAGAGCUCAGAACAGCAAAUCUUUUUCCAGUGGAAGAGGCUCAAGAAAUUUUUCCUUAUCGUCAGAGAGAUAUAUUGUCGAUCAAGUAAACAAGUCUCGAAAUGGAAGCAUGAAUGACCAGCUGCAUGUCCACAACGGAUCGUUUGAAACAGAGGUCAAGCAGCGAUACACAUCUGCAGAGACAUGUGGAAGUGGGAGGGUAAGCAAUGAGCAGCAUACUUUCAUUGUACCUCACGAAGAUGACAUUGAAAAGUCUUUCUGUGUGAAUCAAGAUGGCAGCAUGACUGUGGAAAUGAAAGUUCAUCUAACCAUUAAAGAGGAGGAGUUGCUCCACUGGACAACCACACUUAGCCGCUCCAGCCUUAGCAAGAGGACGGUUUGUGCCUCAAUUUCUGAGUCAGGCAACAGCUCACCCGACUCAAACAACGCUUUUGCCAAAGACUCCUCUACCAUCAGUGAAGAUGAAACUAAAGAGGAGAAUCAUCCCGCUGGAGCUGGAAAGGGUGUUGGCUUUACUGAUGAGCGAGUAUAUGAGGGCUACAGUUCCACAGCUUUAGGAAAAGCAAAAACAGGUCCCAAACGUGUUCCUACGCCAGGUCCUCGGCAUGUCAGUAAGAAGGCGUCUGUCGAGAGCGUGAAGACGGUGACAGAAUCAGGGGUUCAAGAGAAUACCUUGGGACAUUAUUCCUACAUGGAGAGGACAGCUGAUGGUGAGACAACCGAAGGAUACUGCGUUGUCAGACACAGCAGCAGCAGUAGCAGGCCAAUCCCAAAACCUCGGAAAACUGCGUCUGCAGGGGUGAGCAAGAAAGACUCGCACUCUUCAAUCAGGUCGUCAGGAGAAGCUGAGGUCCUUCAGAUACAGAAUAAUGGUAUGGAGGUUACAGAGACAGUAAUGCAUAUUUAUGAAAGUCAAGGUUGCUUUGAUAACUAUUUUGCAAAUGAGGAGUAUAGCACAGAUGGAGUACCUUUGCAUGGUUCCAUUCCAGCCGGACCAGAAAGCAAACCAUCGACUGUUUCAGGACCGUGCUCAUCCAGCAAUGACUGUGAUAUAGAUUUUUCUACGACUGACUCACUACAAAGACAGAAAGAGGAGAUGUUAUCAUUGUCAUCAGAACCAAUAACUCCAACAUGUGAGACUACGAACAAUCUGUCUUCAGUGGUUAAGAAUGAGGCCAGAACUCCAACAGACUCUCAAGUACAAAGGACAGUAAAAAAAGACAAAACUCCAAAAAGUGAGAAGAAGAAAAAGAUGAUUAACCCUGCCAGGAAUAAGAAGAGUUCAACUUCAACAAGCAGCUCAGAUAAAAAGCCAAAGGAAACAACAAUAAGCCCCUCAAAACAUAGCGAACAUUCUUCCACAGACAAACUCACCAGUAAUGCCAGUUUUGGAAAAAAGAGUGUGAGUUCAUCAGAAAGUGCUAAAAGUUCUCUAAAGAUUAAAGGUGCACAAAAGCCUGAGAUUAAUAAAGUGAGUAAGGAUGAAAAAAUGCCUAAGAAAGACCAAGUGUUAUUAGCUAGUGCUGAAAAUGUGAAAAAGACCCCCCCUCAAAGACAAAACAUGAAUAAAGCAGCUGCUAAAGAUAAUGGCCAUAAUGUAAACACUCCAACCCAAAGACCUCAAAUGAAGAAGAACAUGUUAGACAUUUUACAACCCAAAAAAUCAGUUUUGUCAGGCAAAAAAAUUAGCAAGCCCAGAUCUGUGGCUGAAAACAGAAUAUCAUCACCCAAAAAGCCAUCAGAGUUGAGUGAGAGUUUUUCAAUGCCUUCCCUAAAUCCUUCACCCUCGGAUAUCCACCAAUAUGUUGAAAACUGGCUGGAGAAAGUCAGCCCAGACCAAGCGCCGUACUCUGAGGAGGCCAUCGCAGAUGAAGAGCCCCAAACAAAGGUUGUGUUUCAAAUAGGUGGUGAUUCUGAAUCCGAUGAAAAAAUUGAAGACAAGAGUAAUUUAGAUGAGCAUUGUCCAAUGCCAGAUGAAGCUAUCAAGAAAUCACCUUCUUGUCUCUCAGUACCUCUUUGUCAUGCAGAACCAGCUACAGGUCUGCAGCACAAUGAACAAUAUUUGAGAGGCUUAUGUGUUUCAAUGCCCAGUGUUAGAGUCGAUCAUAUACACCAGGAUAGCAAAAUGAGGGCUCACAGAUCUGCAGAGGCCAUCGGUCCAGCUGACAAUGAGUCAUCUUCAUCAACAUCAAAUGUUUUAAGUCCAAAAGCAACGAUAAAACCUGUCUUGCAGCAACUUUGUUCAUCUAUGCAGUGCAUCAGAAGGGUGUCUGACACAAACACAACAUCCAAUCUUGAGAAGUCCAACAGCCUUCCUGAUUUCCCAACGCAAGUGGCUUCAGUAUUUGGCUCAUCAUGUAAAGCCUUUCUGUCUUUCUUAUCAGUGAUGAGUCUGCGAGAUAACCUGACAGGCAACCAGUCAAGAAGCACCUCUGAGGCCAUGCUGAUGAUGGAAUCCCUGCAGAAAAUUUCUGCCAUUGAGGACGAGGAAGAGCAAAGGGCAAGUCUGACAGAUCUGCAAAGCAGAGCGUCUUCUGCAUUCAGAGAACGCUGGAUGGAUUUCCAGAUUCUGAGGGAAAGGCUUGAAAGUGAGCCACUGUCACCCAAAGUUUCAGAAACAGAAUUUGCUCUGGAUGUUGUCUCAGAAGGUGGUGAUUUAUUUGAUGAUCAGCAUUUGGUUAUUGAAGAGUUGAUGGAGGAACUGAAUGUGCCACAAGAUCUCAGAUCGGAAAUUUCUUCAACAAUCCAGCAAGUUAGAAGUUUUUACCCUGCAGAGGAGAGCACUUUUGUAGAAACUGAGAGAAACCAGUCUGACUCAGAGGAAGAUGUGGAAAAAUUUGUUGAAGAAUGUGAUGGUGAAACCAGACAGUCAUUGGAGCCUGAUGCCACCAUAGUGGAGGAUACUCAGACAAAACAAGAAGAUGAUGAUGACAAUGAACAUAUCUUGGUGAUGACUGAGUCAGACCAAGAACCUGAUAAAGUUCAGGAAACAGGCACUGAUUUAAAAAAAUCAGAAAUAUUACAGGCAGAAAGAGAUGACCCAUUAAAAGACAAGGAAAAUGAAAAUGAAGAAGAGGUACAAGUAGUGGAGGAAGAGGAAGUAGAGGAGGGUAGGGAGCAGGUGAAUGACAAAGAGGAUGGAGAUACAAAAGAGAUGAAUGAAGAUGAUGUUGAUGGUGAAGAGACUGAAAUGGGAGAAACAGUGAGGGAGGAAGAGGAAGAAGACGGGGCAGUGACAGAAGAAAGGGUGGAUGACAAUGGACAGGAGGAAUGGAAAGCGGAAAAAGCAAGUGAAGAGGAGGAGGAAACUACUGAGAGAGUAGAGGAAGAGAUGACAGUGGAUGAGGAAGAAGAGGGGGAGGAAUUAGUAGUGGGAGAGAAAGAAUUGGUUGAGGAGACAGAAAAGGGAUCAAUGAUGGAAGAAGAUCAAGGAGCAGGAGAGGAUGACAGUGUUGAAGAGACAGAUGAGAGAGAGGGUGAUGAAGAGACAGAGGAGGAAGAAAAGGGAGAGGAUGAGGCUGAUGAGGAGGGAGAUGAGGAAGAAAUUGAGGAGGAAGAAGGAACUGAUGUGAAGAAAGGGGGAGAGGUUGAAGAAGAAGAAGAAGAAGAAGAAGAAGAAGAAGAAGAAGAAGAUGAAGUUACUGAGGAGACCCAUGAAGGAAAGGAGGUUGAUAAUAUCAUUAAAGGAGUGGAGAAGGAGGAGAAGGAGGAAGAGGUUGAGGAGGAGGUAGGAGAAGCAGAUGCUUUUACUGAGGAUGCAGAUGAAGGCAUUGUGGAGAAAGAGGAAGAGGAAAUGAUGGACAUAAUUGAGGAGAAAGAGGAGGCCAAAAGUAUAAUUGAGGAGGAGGGGGAGGAGGAGGAGAAAGAGGAAGAUACAAUUUUGGUUAGUGAGAAAGAUGUAAAGGACAAGGUUAUUGAGGAGGAGGAUGAGGAAGAGGAAAUGGAGGAGGUUAUUGAAGAGGGCGAUGAGGAAGAUGAUGAAGAACAGAAUGAGGAAGAAGACAUGGUGGUUAGUGAGGAAAACAACGAAGAGGAAGAAGAGAGAGAAGAAGAGGAGGUGGAGGGUGUUGAGGAUGUUGAAAUCAAAAAUGUAGAAGAAAGGGUGAUUACGGAUGAGGAAGAGGAGGAGCUAGAAGCUGACAUGAACAUAGAACAGGGGGAAAAGUGUGAUGAGGGGGAUGAAAGCUGGGAAGAUCAGGAGAAAACAGAAAAUAGUCUCGAGGAAGAAUCCAUGGAAGAGAAAGAAGUUGUGGAGGAGACUGAAAUUGAAGAAAACAUGAAAGCAGAGCAAACGGCAGACAGAGAUGAGAGGGAGGAUGAUGACGAAGAAAACGAAAGUGAUUCGUUAAAUGAUGGGUUAGACCAGCAGGAAGAACAAGAAUCAAAGGAUGAGUUAGAGGAGGAAAAUGUUUCCGAUGGUGCAGGCAGUAUUGCCGGUGAUAUGGACUGUAAAACCCUGCUGGGGGAGGCCUCAUAUCUGCAGCAGCACAGUAGCUGUGAGGAUGAAGCAAAUGUAGACACUAAAGCAGGAGAACAGAACACUGAAUUACCAACCAAAUAUUCCUCUGAGGGACAGUGCGAGGACGACAAAGGAAACGCGACAGAAACUGAAACAGACGAGGGAGGAGGGCGACACGAGGAAAGAAGGAACAGUCUAUCACAUCCAGUGGAAAUAUCGCAGGAAUUACUUGAUUUUGUUAACUCUGCCCUGCAGUCCUCUUCACUUAUAUUCACAUAUGACUCUCAGGGGCACAUCAGGAUAGAGCCAGAUAACGCUCGAGUUGUACAGACUAAACAAACUGUUAUUCCCAAACGUGGAGAGGAUAGUUCAUAUGGCCUAAAGCAGCUCCCAAGCCCGAGCACCUCCGAUUUGUCUGAUUACAGGCCAGAAACAUCAGAGAGUGGUGGAUAUAAAACUCAGGACUCUGUGGAUAUUGUAACAGACAGUGGAGAUGAUGCCUCAGAGAAACCUUUUCUGGUCUGCAGACACAACACCAAUAUCCCUAAAGGAGGGACAAAUGUGGAGCGAGCUAACUCCGGACUGUCCGCUGCAAGUAAUUCAGAAGCCUUGCAAAAUUCCAGAUUAAAAAGUGUAGAGAGUUUCUCUUCUUUUUGCUCAGGCACUAAAGCCUCAAGGGAGGAUCUGUCUUAUUUCAGUGCUGCAAGCUCCCAAAAGGCUGACGCCGAACCUGCCACAGAGGCCGCACAGCGCAUUUCUUCCCACUCAGAAAAAGACUCAACCGAUGGGGUAUUGAUCGACCAAGGUAGAUGGCUACUCAAGGAGAAUCACCUCAUCAGAAAAUCUCCUCCAGUCUCCCUGGGAAUGUAUGGUAAUGCAGAUAGCACAUCAAUGGAUACAAGUCAGGAAAACACCAGCGAGGAUUCCCCGUCUCACUGUAAAACUCAGCACAACCCUCUUGCAGCCAUAUCCUCGUCAGAGCUUGAGGAGAUGGCAAAGCCUCCAACUCCAAAGUGCACCUACUACAACAUGCCACACGGAAGCGAUUCAGACCCCUUUUUGGAUGAUUGUAGUUACAAAAGUGGGAAAAAAGACACAAGCAGUGUGAAAGGGAGAGGCUUCAGGGUGUCACCUACAGUCGACACAACCAAAACCUGGGCGAGUAAAAACGGCAGUCUGUCUUCAUUCACGUCGGUUGAGUUUAAAAUACCAGACAGAAAAGUGCAUCCCGAGGGGGAGACCUCAGCUGUGACGCAGGCAAGAAGGACAUCUAGUGGAGGAAGGGGUGUAGUGCAAGCCCAGGACUCUUUGGACACACUUCGAGUGAGAUGUGGCCAAUACUGUCCCAUACUCUAAAAUAUAUUUCACACAAAUAUUCACACAUACCUGUCUAGCAUGUUCUGAUCGUUUUGUCAUAAAGCAUCCAGAAAUAUUUUAUGUUUCAUCAAGUAAUCAUGAACAAAAGCCACAGCAGAGCCAGAGAUGUGCGGUGGUUGAAGACAGUUGUGCCU